UGUUAGUUAGCGUGAUAAACGUUUCAUUAAUGCAUCUUCACUGUAUUUAAAAUCAAUCAGAAAAUAUGUUCAUUUAGUUGAACUAACAUUUCAGACAGCUUUUACGCUUUAUGGUAGCUAACAGUUUCAUAUGGGGAAGCAGCACAAAGGUUUGUAUACGAUACUUUAAAGUCUAAUUAAGUGUUAAUACUCUACCAGUUCAUUUGGCAGUAAAAACGUUUUGUUUGAGUGAUCAGUGUUUGUUUCAGAAUAGCAACAACCCUGUCAGCUAGCCUGUUAACCUAGCUUAAAAUGUGCUUCUUCUUAGCUAACAGGACAGAUCUUAAGGUAAUGUUUGGUUGUGUUCAGUUUUAUUCAGGUAAUUUAACCUAAUUUAGCAUGUCGUACGUUAGUUAAGUUUAAUUAUUUAUGUAAGCUCAGCAGCUGAAACGCUUGUUAGCUAACAGAUACAUUCAGCAGCUAACUGCAUUUGGUCCAUAUCACUUGACAGUUAAGUUUAGAAACCCAUUGAUUCAUUUUGGCUGGUGGUUUAGUGUGGUAGCAUUUUAUCAAGUUAUUUAAAAAUUCAUGUAAGCAGCUAAAAAAAACUACUAAAUUAUGAAGCAGUAAAAUCUUUACAAAGAAGAAGGUGAUAAGCAAAGAAUUGAACCUGAUCAUGGAGAGUGCUGAUUGGAGGCAUUUGUGGAGGUUGAGACGGUCACCAGGACAUGGGCAGAGAGACAACCACGACCUCUGGCACAGGCCCCCCCUCCACCACCCUCUCCCUCUCCAUCCCAACAAUUCAUGUUUUUCAGACUUUUUAAACAGGGUUCACACCUAAAACAGCUCUUGACCCUGAGCUCUCUUCAAAGACAAAGAAAGCUCCUCAACUCAACCUGAGAGGAAAAGAUCGUCAGGAAGGAAAGUCAGAGAUACCUUCUGUCCUCAGACAACCUCGUGUUAGAGGAGGCCUUGAGGUGGAGAUUAGAGAGGAAAAGACGUGACGCCUGUAGUCGCUCCAGCUACUCUGACUGCUCUGUGCCUCGCUGGACGCUGAGCUGAGUGUUGGCAGCUACGUCUGAGGAGGGCGCUGGUCCGAUGGAUUUAUUUUUUUACCCCCUGGAUGUGACACUUCGAGCCAUGCUGCUGCUGCCGCUUCUUCUGCUGCUCUGCCAGCAGACUUCAAUGCAGGAACAGGCUCCUCCUCCUGGUCGGUGUGAUAUCCAACAGAGGAUGGACAUUUACACCGUCUGCACCUCCUGUGCCACCAUCACCUCCAGCAGCUGCCCCCCCGGCUUCAGCAAAGUAGGCACGUCCAACUGCAGUUACGUGGUGCAGAUUGGCGGCAGAGACAUGGAGCUGUCUGGAUGCAGACAUAGCUGUGCAAAGAGUUACAUGCAUCCGCUUUGCUGCCCACAGCACUGGGGACCACUGUGUCUAGCAUGUCCCAGCUGGUCAGGGAAGACCUGCAACGACCAUGGAACCUGUCUGGAGGGAGACCUCGGGAAUGGAACCUGCGCCUGUGACGAUGGCUUCUCAGGGUUUGCCUGUCAGGAAUGUAAGAAUUCAAAUGCUUAUGGAGAAAAAUGUGAUAAAGAGUGUGACUGUGUACAUGGAGUAUGUAACAAAGGUCCAGAGGGUGAUGGCCAGUGUUUGUGUCAGCCACCGUACAGUGGGAAGCGCUGUGAUCGAGUGAAUAACAGAUGCAGUAGCUGCACCCCAUACUCAUACUGCAAAGGGGAGGGAGAUGACGCCGUCUGUGAAUGUUUGCCCGCACACAUGAAGACGGCACUGAACAAAUGCGCAAGUUACUGCUCCCCGAGGGACUGUGACGUCAAUGCCCAGUGCUCUUCACAGGGGUCAAAGGUCAGCUGUGCCUGUAAGCCUGACUACCAGGGAGACGGCAGAAUCUGCGUACCCAAAAACCCCUGCACUGAGAACAAUGGAGGGUGUCCCUUUAACUCCACCAUCUGUGUCUUCCAAGGACCCAACAAGUCCAGCUGCAAGUGCAUGUCCGGCAUGUCUCCUAUAGGUGGCAAUGCUGAUUCUGGUUGUGAGCUGGUCUCUGCUUGCGCAGAAAACCUCUGCGACCUCUCAGCUGUCUGUCAACCUGGACUGGAUGGAAAGCCCAUGUGUGUGUGCGAGGCGGGUCAGAUUGGAGAUGGACGGCGUUGCUAUGGUAACUUGAUGGAGCAGCUGAAAGAGCUGGACUGGAGAGGAAGACUGACGGGAAAUCUGACCGGAGCCGUCGCACUGUUUGAGAAAGGCUGUUCACUGCUGCUGAGUCAUAACGGACCCUUCACUGCUUUUAUCCCGUUACUGAAGACGCCCCUGACAGGUGUCAACGAGGAGCAGGUGUGUCAGACACAUCUGAUCCUGGGUCAGCAUCUCUACAAAGACCUGGAGGGACAGGACUUCAACUUUUACGGAGGAGCCAGGUUCAGAAGCAAAGGCAACAAGAAGUUCAUCCUGAUGGAAGACCCCAGAACACAGUACACUAUCAUCCAGGAAGACCUGCCAGCAGCCAACGGGAUCAUCCACAUCAUUGACCGGCCAAUCACAAACACUCUUCCUGAAAGGCCCGUUCGUGAUGAACAGUUUGCUGACAAGACGAUUGGAGAGAUUCUGAGGAAGGAUGACAAAUUCAACCGCUUCCUGUCUCUUGUUGAUAACUGCGGCUCACCUCCUCCUCUGCGGGGUCCAGGACCCCUGACUGUGUUUGUCCCCACUAACGAGGCUGUGGACCGAGCCAGAGACGGCAGUAUCUUGUACAUGCUGCACGAUGCCAAACAUAAACUUCAGGAACUCCUUCGACACCAUGUUUUCCCCCAGGCUGUGCUGACGGUCGACGAGCUGACUGCUCUUCCUCAGAUUCAGACGAUGGCCAAUCAGAUUGUCUCCAUUACUGUCUCUGAUAAUGGGGAGAUUCUGUUGGGGGAGAAGGGCGUCCACUUGAAGAGCACCAACAUCAUAGCGUCCAACGGGAUCAUCCACAUGAUUGACGGCCUUCUCUACCCGCCCUCCAUCCUGCCUAUCCUGCCUCACCGCUGUGAUGUCAUCGAGAGCAAGAUCACCAUGGGUCCGUGUGUUCACUGCAGUUACCUCUUUGAGACGGAGUGUCCAGAAGGCACCACUGAAAUGGACAGCCAUCAGACCGACUGUUUCUACGUCGUGUCUCCGCUCAGGCAAACGCUCAGUAAAGGAUGUGCCAAAUACUGCAACGCCACUAAACAGGUCCCAGAGUGUUGUAAAGGUUUCUACGGCCCGGACUGUAAACCCUGUAUCGGAGGAUUCCAGCACCCCUGCUACGAUAAAGGAACGUGCUUUGACGGUAUCCAAGGCAACGGCUCGUGCGGCUGUCAGCCAGGAUUCGAGGGUGUCGCCUGUCACAUCUGCUCUGAUCCAUCGAAGCACGGAGACAAGUGUGACGAAGAGUGCCACUGUGUUCACGGCGAGUGUGAUAACCGUCCUGCCAGCCUUGGACUGUGUCGGCGAGGAUCCUGUAAGGAGGGAUACUCUGGGGAGAAGUGUGACAAGACAGCCAUGCCCUGCAACUCUGACGGACUGCACGAACACUGUCACAUCCACGCGUACUGCACGCAGACCGGACUCAAUACAAUGUGUUUGUGUAGAGACGGAUACGAUGGUGACGGUCACUCCUGUACCCCGAUUAACCCCUGCCUGAAGAUCAACCGACACUGCGACACCAACGCACAGUGUGUGUACGUGGGUCCAGGCAACGCGUCGUGUGUGUGUGCUGAGGGUUGGACAGGUGAUGGCAAAGUGUGUGUGGAGAUCAAUAACUGUAAUCUGGAGAGUCGAGGAGGCUGCAGUCCAGACGCCAACUGCAAACACAUCGGCCCCGGACAGAGUGAGUGUGUUUGUAUGACAGGCUUCAUGGGAGAUGGUAUCGUGUGUGACAUCGUUAAUCCCUGCAGCAAGAGGAAUGGAGGCUGCCAUGACUUUGUAAACACUCACAAAACAGGGAACGGAACACGCACCUGUACCUGUCCUGAAGGCUAUGGGGACGGAAUCACCUGCUACGGAACAUUGAUGGAUGAGCUGGACAUGAACUCAAAGCUUUACAGCUUCAACCGACAGAUUCAGAAAUACAUUCACAGCGCUGAGGCUAGUGGAAAAGUCACGGUCUUGGCUCCAUCCAGAGAAGCUCUGAGGAACAUGACCGAAGCUCAAACCUCAUUCUACAACCGACACCGUCUGCCCUACUUCCUGCGAGCCCACUUCCUGAUGGGGCUCUAUCCUGUAGAAGAACUGGACAGACUGUCUGGCGUGGAUUCUACCCUGCACCCCCCCACCACCUGGGAGAAUAGAAAAAGAAACGGGGUGAUCCACAUCGGGAAUGCUACCAUUAUCACCCACAACCUGCCUGCCAUCAGGUACAUCCACAUUAUUGACAUGGUGAGAGCCAGUUCUCACUCCACCUUCGAAGACCUACCUCCUGAUCCUCCCACCCUGAUGGCCUACCUGAACUCCUCCUCCAAAUUCACUCUCUUCAGACAGUUAGCUGAGAUAUACAAUCUAUCCAUGGAGCUAAACGAUGCCGAGUUUACCAUCCUGCUGCCGACAGACGAUGCCAUCAGGCAGCACCUCAGCAGGACUAACUCCUCCACCCUGGACCCUGAUGUCUUUAAAUAUCACGUGGUUGUCAAUGAGCUGCUCUUACCAGACCACGUGGCUGAUGGCACAUUGAAAAGCACUCUGCUGGGCUCCGAGUACCAAGUCCAGUUCCACAUAAAUGACCAAAACCAGCCGGCCGUAAACGAUGUCCCUCUUGACAGCAGUCAUGUUGACACUCAGGAGGGUGUCAUCAUAGUCAUCCCUCAGGUCCUUAAAGUCCAACGCAACAGAUGCAGCAAGAGGUCAUCCUUAAGUCUCCAGGGAAGAUGUGCAGACUGUGAAGGAGCGCCCAGAUGUCUGUUCAGCUACAAACCAGUCAGAGAACAGUUUCCAGUCAACAUGCAAUCCAACUGUAAAUACAGGAAGCGAGUUGGAUACAGGAGGAAGUCUGUGCCGGGCUGUGUCAUCAAAUGCUAUAAGACAACUUCGGACCACUCCUGCUGCCCUGGUUAUUACGGCCAUGAGUGUUACAAAUGCCCGGGGGAUGUCGGCAGCUGGUGCUCCAAUCACGGGACUUGUUUGGACGGUACCUUUGGCAGUGGGGAGUGUCACUGCUACGAGGGUUUCCAUGGCACUGCAUGUGAGGACUGUGAGCCAGGACGAUACGGAGUCAACUGCUCUUCUAAGUGUGCGUGUGCCCAUGGGAAGUGUCAGGAUGGUCUUGCAGGAAGUGGCAAGUGUAUGUGUUAUAAAGGUUGGAAAGGAGCUUCCUGUUCUGUAGAGAUCAAGGAUGACGCCUGUCAGGGAGUGUGUGAUGAGAACGCCAACUGUAUCACAGGGCCACAGGGUUCAGCUGCUGUGUGUUUGUGCAUGGCUGGAUAUGUAGGCAAUGGAACCCACUGCAAAGAGCUGGAUUUGUGCAGCAGGUCUAACGGUGGAUGCUCACCGUUUGCUAUCUGCACGAAGGUCUCAGCAGGUGAAAGGACCUGUACUUGUAGAGCAGGAUACACUGGAGACGGUGUGGUCUGUCUAGAGCUCAACGGCUGCCUGGUGAGAAACGGAGGCUGCCACCCGUCAGCAGAUUGCAUCAGAUCAGGCCCUAACAUCACAUCCUGUGUGUGCCGGAUGGGCUUCCAGGGAUCAGGGCGGUACUGCUACCCGGUCAACCCCUGCAAAACUGACAAUGGUGGCUGCAGUCGGUAUGCUCGCUGUGAGUAUCUAACUCGGGGUCAAAGGAACUGCACUUGCCUCAGAGGCCACAUUGGUGAUGGCUUUGAAUGCCGAGGAUCCACCAACAAUGAGGUCUUCAGGCAGGCAGAUAACUCUUUCUUCCGUCGAAUGCUCACCAGGGGGAGCAAUCGUGCUAUCACCGGGGACGGACCGUUCACCGUCUUUGUCCCUGAUGAUCAAAACAACAAGGAGUCUGCGUUUGAGGAAUGGGACAGGUAUGGUCGUCUGGAUGAACUGGUUCGUUACCACAUUGUUUCCUGUGAGGCUCUGACCCUGAGUGACCUUAAAACCACCACAACCACAGUCUCGACGUCGGGGGGAACACUUAACUUCAGCAUUCAGAAUGGGUCAGUCUGGAUCAACAACGUGUCGAGGAUCGUGGCAAGCGAUUACACCACAGCGAAUGGCGUGAUCCACCGCAUCGACACCAUGUUGACACCCUACAGGCUGCAGGACAAAGUGAACGUCCGCUUUAACAGUAUGAACUUCACCUCCGCGGCUCAGCAGUACGGCUACACCCGCUUCUACAGACUCGUGGAGGAUUCAGGUUUGAUACCUGUGCUUCAGAAUAUCAUUCACCAGCCGUUCACCAUGUUUUGGCCCACAAACCAAGCCCUGGACUCCCUGCCAGCUGAGAGACAGCGCUGGCUCUCCAGUCCAGACAACCAGGAAGUUCUGGCUGCGACUGUGAAGGCUCACAUCAUACGUAACUCCAAGGUGCUGGGUGUCAGUCAGCCGAGUAAAUAUGCAUGGUUUCGGACCAUGCAUGGAUCCAAAAUCAAAUUCAGCUGUGACAAGACCCUGGUGGGGGCUGUAUUGAUAAACGAAAAUGCAGCCAAGAUAGUUGAGCGCUUUAUGAACUUCAAAGAGGGCGUGGCUUAUGGCAUCGACCAGUUACUGGAGCCACCCGGCCUGGGAGCGCACUGUGACAGCCUGGAGAACAAGACCACGAAGGGGCGCUGUGGACGCUGUGUGUCACCUCCAUCCUGCCCUUUCAGAAACCAGGACACGGGGCAGAAGGAGAAUUGUGCGAGUUACCGCACAAGGUCAAGGGGUUUUUACUCACAUUGGUACGCUGGCCUGGAUUCUGAGUUCUGCAGGAGGGUGUGUCAGUAUGAUGCCUGGGUUCAAAAAUGCUGCAAAAACCACUACAGUCGUGAUUGUCAAGCUUGUCCAGGUGGCGUGGAGGCCCCUUGUGGAAAUCAUGGCAGCUGCAAUGAUGGUCUUCGAGGUUCAGGAACCUGCAAUUGCCACCAAGGCUUCAGAGGGAAAGCCUGUGAGCUGUGUGUACGUGGAUACUACGGCCCCAACUGCACAGCCUGCAGAUGUGAAAGGGGAGAGUGUGAGGAUGGAAUUGAAGGUUCUGGGAGGUGUUCUUGUGUGCCGGGUUGGGAGGGUGAACGCUGCCAGAUCAAAGAAGGCUCCAUUCCAGAGGAGUGUCGGCAGUGCCACUUUGAGGCCGAAUGCGUGCCAGGUGUUGGUUGUCAGUGUAAAUCUGGGUUUGAGGGGAACGGCACCUUCUGCAGCCCGGAGCCACCUCCAGACUUCUGCUCCGAGUAUAACGGCGGCUGUCACCUGAACGCAGACUGUAAUCAGACAGGACUGCUUGUCAACUGCACCUGUAGCAGUGGUUACCAAGGAGACGGCUACUCCUGUGAGCCUAUAGACAGGUGUUUUGAAGAAAACGGAGGCUGCAGUGAGUUUGCCGCCUGCAAGUUCACCGGUCCAAAUGAGCGUGACUGUGAGUGCUUGCCGGGGUACGUGGGUAAUGGAGUCCAGUGUUUGGAGAAGGUGGUGCCCCCUGUUGACCGCUGCCGAGAAAACAACGGAGGCUGCGACCCUGUGGCCACAUGCAAAGACCUCCAUUAUCAUGCCAACACAGCCGGAGUGUUCCACCUGCGCUCUCCGGAGGGGAAGUACAAGAUGAACUUCAGUGAGGCUGAUGCCGCCUGCCAGGCUGAGGGCGCCACGCUGGCCAACUUCAAACAGAUGGGAGACGCACAGCAGCUGGGAAUGCAUCUGUGUGUGGCCGGCUGGCUGGCAGGAGGACAGGCUGGAUACCCGACAACCUUCCCUUCGGUCAGGUGCGGAGGAAACCACAUUGGCGUGGUCAUAUACAAAGAACCUGUGGAUCAGAGCAGCAAGUACGACGCCUACUGCUACAGGAUCAAAGAUGUUUCCUGUGUGUGUCAGCCUGGUUACAUCGGAGACGGAGACUUCUGUAACGGCGUCCUGACCAGCGUCCUCGCUACGUACAGUCAAUUCUCUAUCUUUUACAAGUAUUUGUUGGACUACAGCGGCUCGUCCUCGGAGGGAAAACAGCUGGUUGAUAUUCUGUCUCGUAAGAAAUCAUCAGUCACGCUGUUUGUUCCUCACAACGCAGGUUUCACAAGAAACAAGACUCUCUCAGGUCGAGAUCUUGAGUAUCAUAUCUUAGCCAACAACAACAGACGACCAUUCAAGGACCUAAAGCACCAGGAGGUCAUCAUAUCCAGGCUCGGGUUCAACCUGACUGUUACACACGGACAUAAUGAGAGCAUUAAGCUGGUGAACGAGCGGCUGCUGCUGGAGUGGGACAUUCCUGCUGUAAACGGGAUCAUCCACGUCAUCGAGGCCCCACUCACAGCUCCACCCCCACCGACCUCCCACCUUGCCUCCAAAGGCCACGCCCACUCCAGCGGCACAGUGUCAGCAAUCUUGGUGUCAGUGUUGCUGGCUUGUGUGUUGGGUGCACUUGGAUACUACGUCUUCAAACACAAGACUGACGCCUUCCGCUUCCACUACUUCAAAAACGAGGAUGAGGACGGUGCCGGUGGUAGGAAGAAGCCCACAUUGGUCUCCAUCCCCAACCCUCUGUACAGCGGCUCCAGAGCCUUCAGCGAGCCGUUUGGGGAGGCCGGUCAGGGGACGGAGCCAACAGAACCCGAAGAACCUCCAAAUAUUCUGGACCUGUAGAAGCAAUGAAACAGGAAGUGUCUGUUUACGCUCUGACAUGGUUAGCUUUCCUCAUCCCUCCUUUAUCAUCUUAAUAAAAACAAAAGUCUGUUGACUGAAA